AUGUCUGACAACCCAACGAUUCUCCGACCCCGUCCACGACGGGUGUUUGACCUCACUCCGGCCUCGACCGAAUCAUCUGAACCCUCAAGCCCUGCGGAACCCGCCAACCCAGACCUUUUAAACCCUAGGGAUGCCGGGUCUACCAGUGUCAGUCGGACUGGCUCGAUCAUGAAUCUGACGACCCCGACACUCUAUGGUAUCUAUUCACCAACGGCAUUCGAGGGUUCCCGGGACGAAUCCAGUCCUUGGGGAACGGAAGCUCAAACGCCAGCUGUCGAAAAGCCAAACCCCCUCACGGUGCCGGAAAAGCCAGAUCGGUUUACCCUCAAGAGAACACGGUCACGGCUCAGUCACGGGCUAUUCCUUGGUGUGGUCUUGCCCCAAGCACUCAAGGCCGCUCUCUUGUUCAGCUUUGGCAUUGUCUAUGGGAUCAUUACAAUCCACCUACACGAGAAUCAUUGGAUUACACCGGUGAAGUUGGAGAACACCCACUACUACGGGUCAUGGGAAUACCUGGGAUUCUGGGGUGUGGCUGGAGUCGUUUUGGGAAAUGUGCUUCCUGGCCUGGAUCUUUUCUCGGAGGACGUUACGGUUGACAACGCCAAGCAGUCCAGUCGGUCGAGCAGCGACGAGGAGAAUGAGGAGCGUACUCUCUCGUGGGUUGCAGCGGUCCGCAGCGUUGGUGCCUUUGUUGGGGUAGCAUUUGCUAUGCGGAGGACCCCUUGGCAAUCGACUACUCAAGCAUCGGCGACGCUCGCUCUCGCAAACCCCGUGCUCUGGUAUCUCAUUGAUCGCACCAAGACAGGCUUCUUCAUGUCUGCCAUCGUGGGAGUAGGUGGAAUGGGAAUCGUAUUGGCACUCAGACCGGAUUUAGUACCGUCUUCUACGGGAGCAUCCGCUACCGCGAUUCCCGCUCUGAACAGCACUUUACGGGAUCUCGGAUUGGGAACGGGUAUCACGCAAGAAAGCCUGGCAGUCAGCACUUGGGUUGCCAGUGUUUUGUUCAGUGCGUGUGUUUGCUUCGGGAACAUUGGUCGCCAACUAGCGAUUUUUGCGCGCAGGGAGUCCCUCCAAGCAUAA